CACCGCAACCUUUGGCGCAUGACAUUCGGGUGCUCAGUACGCAACACUGCGACGAGCUUUCCGGCGUACUGAGGAAAGGUCCUUACACGACGGUUACCGGACGUCUCUUCCGAACCUUCGCUGUAGGGUAGCGCACGGCGGGGGAUCCUUCCUACAUGAUUACGGACACGGGCUAGAGACUUGGACCAUGAGUUCGCGGGAAAAGGGGAGCGCGUCUACGGACAGCAGUAGUCGGAUGCGCAGGAGCUGCUGUGAAUGUGCGCGGCACAAAAAGAAGUGCGAUGGCCUAACGCCUUGCAGCCGAUGCAUCGGAGCCGGAGUUCAAUGCAUCUACAUCAAGCGGAAGUCCACCCAUCCUCAGUAUCAGCGAAAACAGCAACUAAGGGGUCUGGCCGGCACGCAGUCAACGGAGUUGCAGCGCCACUCGUUGUCUGGCGCAUUCCUGGCUCGCGACACCCUGCCUUUGAAGAGGUGCAGGUUGAGUGCGUCUCCGGCGACCGGACUUGUGGGCAUGCAGGAGAACGCAUUUCUCAGUGACUUCUUCGGCUGCGUGGGCUUCCUGCCACUCACCACCCGGAGCCACGUUCGCGGAGCGAUGGUGAGGAUGAUGGCUCACUCCGCUGCCCAACAUCAGCUGCGCGCUCGGCACGACACCCCCGAUCAAGGCCAGUUCGGCGCCAUCUUCUCCGAGGACGGUAUCACCACGGGAAAUCAGCUAUCGACGGGUCCCUCCGCUUGCACAUUUUGGUGUGCAGUUGGUGUGGGGGCUCUUGUAAAGGGACGCCCUGCUGAGUCGGUCACGAUCUACUCCCGACUGGCGAGAGGUGCACUGGAUGCCUACACUGGUCCUGUGGAUGCCGAGGUGGCGAAGGCGUGGGCAAUCUUAGCAUACCUCUAUGGGUACAUGGGAGACACGGCGAAGUUUGAAGAGUAUCUGGAGCUUUCAGACUCCUUUUUGAUUGCUUCCAUCGAGCAAGGGUCAACUGACAUGCUGCCAGCGGGAUUCGCGGAGAUGGUCAAUCACAAGCAGACCGUCAAGGUGUACGCGGGAAAUCCAGAUGCUACGGAUAUCGACUCUUUGGCCGCCCGACGUCAAGAUCCUCCGAAGAUCACCCCAGCUGCAAGCGAAAGGGACGUGUUUCGGUAUGUUGUCCAGUCUCUUGCGGCGUUCGACCAAAUGGCGUUCGAGAAAGCUUGCAAGAACAGGGCGCCCUGCGGACAGUCGAGCGAUGAUGAGCCUUACUUGGAGAACAGAGGCGAUGGUAGCCCGCACGGUAACGCACCCCCAGUGGAAGAGGUGGCACAUGCUAUGGUGGCCGGGUUCAAAGAUGACCUGGUCGAGUUCGAACAUCUGCAAGAAACAGUCGAUGGGUGA